AUGUUUAAACGGAACAAGAAGCAAGACAAAAAGGAAGAAGAAAAGGCCGAAACGGCACACAAAGAACUUGAGGAAACCAAACAGACAGUUGCUUUGUUAACAUCUCGCCUGAUUCGCCUAGAAUCUGAGUAUAGAGUGAUUCACUCGACACUUGAACAGAUCAAAGCGACAGGGAUCUUAGAGAGGAAGUUAGUCUUAGAGCCUGCUGAUGUUAUAUUAGCUAAGAACUUCUAUGAUGAGUACAUGCAAACAUUAACGAAUUGGGUUGGGUUAAAAGAAGCGAAGAAACUGUAUGACAGUGAUGAAGAUGGACUUACCGCUCGGUCUUUCAAUACCAAGACAUGUGGGAAAGAACGGACUAUGGUGAUAGUUCAAACGACUGAUGGGUGUGUCUUUGGGUCGUACAAUUCCAUUGAGAUCCCAAGCUCGAAAGAAAAUGGGUAUGGCUUUUACAUGACCAAAGACAACAAUUUCUUCUGCUUUGUUUUGAAGAGUCCGGUGAUCAAAGAACCAAUCAAAGUGAUGCGCAAAGAUCCGUUUUACUCAACUAAAUGUUACUCCUCAGACAACGAUAAGUGGAUCACAGGCAUUCACUGUGGGUAUUAUCUUGGUAUCGAAGACUCUUCUUUUGUAUCUGGGAAGUUCCCGAUGUACUACAAUAUCUCAAUGGAAAACUCAGUCAACAUCUUCUCAGGUAAUCACUUCCCAGACACUUUCUCCUUAUUCAAGAUUGUAGUGCUGCAGUGGGAGUGA